AGCACAUGCUUGAAUCCUCCCUCCGGUAGCACGAAUACAGGAAUGCAGUCGCGAGGAUGCCGUUGUUUCGGAGCAUACUUUAACCGUUGAAGGGUCACUUGCUGCUAGAUCAAUGGGCAGCACUGGUUGCUUUCAACCUGAUCUAGCAUCGGACUCAAAUUCAGCAGAUGUAGGGGGUGAAACAUAGGGAGGUCUUGACGGUCUUGACGUGGCAGACAGUUUGCAGUUUUCUACCUCUCCAGACCUGUUUCAACCGAUGUGAUACAGCAACUAUGGCUGGUUUAUUAGAUACGGGAAGGCGUAGUAGACGUGCGUUGUCCUUGCUGGUGGCUCUUGCCUUUGCAGAGCUCUUGCUAUGCCUCCUUCCGGGCGCUUACGCACAGGAGCCGGAAACGGAUCCUGCAAAAAUUGCACAAAUCUGCCGCGUGGCAACACAGUACGACCCGAUAUGCACCAACGGCGGUUAUCUCAACGCCCUGUACCGAACAAGCUCCUCCAACAGCUGCGGGCAUUGCAUCUGCCCGCAAGGAUGGGGUGGCGUUGAUUGCUCAGCCUGCCAGUCCGCGUCCGUGUGUCCGCCCCAGCCGCUGCCCGACGGCUCGCUGCUGCCCGCCGCGGAGUGCACCAGCGACACAGUCAUGCCCGCAAUGGAGGAGGCGCCGUACGGCAAGACCCUGGCCUGCAGCUGCGGCGGCGUGCCUGGCGACAUCUCCACCGACUACGUGUGCGGCAAGCAGCCGGACACCAGCUGGCUCAUCCAGCUGCUGCCCUCCAACGCCAGCGCCGACUGGGCGGCGGGCACGGCGGUGGCCACCGUCAUAGAGCGGGCGGGCACCCCGGAUAACAGCAACACCGUGUAUCCAUGCGACCCCGCCGGCAAGGAGGACUGCUUCAAUGAGACGCGAUACGACUACGCCUACCCCGGCGUGUGGGACGGCGUGUUCCGCGGCUGCUCCUGGCUGCAGGGCCCCUGCAUCUCCCCGCUCACAGGCGCCGACUGCCUGGUCUUCACAUGCAGCGGACAGGCGCAGGUGAACUGCCCCGCCUCCUACAUGUCCAAGUGCCCCGGCUACACGCCCAUCAGCUGCGGCAAGCCGCCGGGAGCCAACAUUCCCUACUGGAUGCACCACUGCAUGCCCGGCACCUACCCCGACAAGGGCAAGGCGCUCAAGCUGGCGUGCAAGCUGGCCAAGGGGGCGGACGGGGCCUUCCAGUGCUACAUCACACAGGAGGGCUCCUACGUGGCCUCGCUGGGCAUGAAGUGCGUCACCGGCACCUGCAUCUACCGCGAGCCCCCGCCCGCACCGCCCUCGCCGCCGCCGCCCUCACCGCCCGACACGCCGCCGGAGCCGCCCGCCCCGCCGUACAGCCCAGGCCCCCAUGUGGACCCGCCGCCAUCGCCUCCGGGACCGCCGGCACCGCAGCCGCCCUCGCCGCCGCCACCACCUCCGCCUGUGCCGCCGCCGUUCCCCCCUCCCCCGUCCCCCCCGCCGCCGCCCUCGUACAUCAAAACCCACACGGAGGUGGCCCUCCUCAUUGCGAUCGGGGUGGUGGUGGCCACCCUCAUGGCGGCCGCGGCGGGGCUGUCGUACCGGGACAACGCACUGGCGACCGCCUGGCAGCAGCAGGCGGCCGCGGCGGGGGCGGCGAACGGGGGUUUCGGGUUCGGGAGCGACGGUUUCGGAGCAAGUGGAGGCAGUGGAGCCGGAGGUGGAGGCGGCGGGGCAUGGUUUCGGGACACGCCGAGGGCGAGCGAGGCGUCGGUGCCGCUGCUGAACCCAGCUGGCGCCCCCACGCACCGCGGCGAUGCAACCGCCUUCACAACGGCAGACAGCCUCACUGCUACAGCCGCCCAGGGCACUGCCGUACAUCCCACCCUGGUGUACGACGACCAGUACGACGAAGAUGACGAGGGAGUGUACGACAGCUCUCACGACGCGCCUCCUGCUCCGGUGGUGCUGACGUGGCGUGAUGUCCACCUGCGCGUGCAGCGGGCGAGCGGGGGCAGCCUGCACAUCCUGAAGGGGGUCAGCGGCGUGGCGGGGGCGCUGAGGGAGGGACCCAUGGGUCGGCUGCGCGGGGGCGGCAUGCUGGCCGUCAUGGGGCCGAGCGGCGCAGGCAAGACCACGCUGCUGGACGUGCUGUCGGGUCGGCGCACGGGUCCGGGUCGCAGCGGGGAGAUCCGCGUGAACGGACACCUGGUCACCCCGGGGCAGCUCCGCUCCCUGUGCGGCUACGUGCUGCAGGACGACGUGCUGCCCGGCACCUCCACCGUCUUCGAGUACCUGGCAUUCCAUGCGGCGCUGCGGCUGCCGGCGAGCAGGCACUCCCAGCGGCAGCGCGAGGGGCGGGUGUGGGGCCUGGUGCGGCGGCUGGGCCUCACGCGGGUGGUGCACAGCUUCAUUGGGGACGCACACGUGCGGGGGCUGUCAGGCGGUGAGAAGCGGCGCGUGUCCAUCGCCGUUGAGCUGCUCACGCGGCCGGGUCUGCUGCUGCUGGACGAGCCCACCACGGGGCUGGACUCCAGCAACGCGGCGAGGGUGGUGGAGCUGCUGGCGGGGCUGGCGGCGGGGGGAGUCAACACGGCACUCAGCAUACACCAGCCGAGACCCGAUGUGCUGAGGAGCAUGGACCGGCUGAUGCUGCUGAGCGGGGACGGGAGGGUGGUGUACGGCGGGCCGGUGGAGGCGGCGGGCGCGCACUUCAGUGCCGUACUGGGCGGGGGGCUGUACGGCGGUGUCGCGGGGCUGCAGGCUGUGCCGCCGGGGCCGGAGUCGGGUAUCAACAUCGCGGACUGGCUGCUGGACCUGGUCAUCAAGUCCCCCCGCGAUGCCGUCACCCAGCUGGCGGACGCCUACCACGCCAGCCCCGCCGCUGCAGCCGACGCCGCCACCGCCACCGCCCUGGCGGACGCGCCGCUGCCGCUGCCGCCGCGCAAGGUCGUGCCGCCCGCCUGGCGCCAGCUGGGGGCGCUGUCGGGGCGACUGAUGAGGAACACCUACCGCCACCCCUUCAGUGUGGCGCUCAACUUCGCAGCCACGCUGGCGGCGGCACUGUGCCUGGGACUGAUCUUCCGGCACUCGGGCACCGACACCUCCGGCAUCCAGAACCGGCUGGGCGUGCUGUUCUUCAUGCUGCUGUACCUCAGCCUCAUGGCGCUCUCCUCGCUGCCCAUCUGGCGCGACGAGAAGCUGCUGUUCAUGCGGGAGCGGGCCAGCGGGGUGUACGGCACACCCGCCUACUACGCCGCCGUGGUGUUGUUCGACCUGCUGCCGCUGCGGGUGCUGCCCCCCACCUUCUUCGCGCUGCUGAGCUACUGGAUGGUGGGGCUGCACCCAGCAUGCGCCACCUGCAUACUGUGGUUCAUCGGCAUCCUGGUGUCCGCCAACAUCAGUGCCGCCACGCUGUGCCAGGCCAUCGGGGCAGCAGCGCCAUCCAACGCAGUCGCCAACCUGGUGGGCUCGCUGGCGCUGAUGCUGCUGCUGCUGUUCGGCGGCUUCCUGCUCAACAAGGAGAGCGUGCCGGGCUACUGCGCCUGGCUCAGCAGGGCGUCGUUCUUCAACUACGCGUACGAGGCGCUCGCCAUCAAUGAGUUCCACCACUUCCCCGCCGACUUCACCUUCACGGCGCCCAUCGAGACGUCCAAGCUGCCCCCCCUGCGGAUCAGCGGGGAGGGCGUGCUCAAGGAGUUCGGGUUCAACCUGGAGCUGUUCUACGUGGACGUGCUGAUGCUGGGGGUGCUGGGGGCGCUGUGCUGCGGCCUCACCUGCCUGCUGCUGCACUUCUCAGGUCACACUCUGCUGGAUGAGUUCGAGGACUUCACCGGCCGUACGGUUGCCUGGCUGCUGCUGCGCGCCGGAGCAGCCUGGCAGGCGGGAGGAGCGGCCACGCGGCGGGCUGCCAAGGCGGCGGCCAGCCGGCUCCGGCGCCUCCGCCGCGGUGCAGUCGGCGGUGGUGAAGCCACUUCCGGCGACGACCAACGCACGUUGCUUGUGUCGGAGCCAGCUGACGCCGACGCCGCUGCCGCUGCGGCUACCGCAUCCGAUGACGAGGACCGUGAGGUGGAUGAGGCGAG